AUGCCUGGUCUUCGUCUUCCUCACCGUGUGGCUGUCAUCACUGGCGGCGGUUCCGGCAUCGGCCGUGAAUGCGCCAUCCUCUUCGCCUCCGAAGGCGCCAAUGUCGUUCUGGCCGACAUCAAUCUCGAGGCUUGCCAGAAGACCGCCGACAUUGUCAACGAGCGUUUCAGCAAGGCAGAGCUUCCUGUCAAAGCCAUCGCCAUGAAGUGCGAUGUUAGCAAAGAGGACGAGGUGGCUGCCAUCGUUCAGCGUGCUGUCGAUGAGUUUGGCCGUCUCGACGUCAUGUUCAACAACGCUGGUAUCAUGCACCGUGCCGACGACAACGCGCUCAACACCGAGGAAAAGAUCUGGGACUUGACUCAGGCCAUCAACGUCAAGGGCGUCUGGUACGGCUGCAAACAUGCCAUCAUUGCCAUGCGAAAGAACCCAACCGACGAGGCCAAGAAUCUUCACGUCGGUGGCUCCAUCAUCAACACCGCCUCGUUUGUGGCCAUCAUGGGCGCAGCUACCCCUCAGAUUGCCUACACUGCUUCCAAGGGCGCCGUUCUCGCCAUGACGCGCGAGCUCGCCAUGGUUCACGCUCGCGAGGGUAUCCGUGUCAACUCGCUCUGCCCCGGCCCGCUGCAAACGCCGCUCCUCAUGGACUUCCUCAACACUCCUGAAAAGCUCAACCGCCGUCUCACCCACUUGCCCCUCGGGCGUUUCGGCGAAGCUGUCGAACAGGCGAAAGCCGUCCUUUUCCUGGCCACCGACGAGUCGUCUUACGUCCUCGGACACGAUCUGUUGGUUGACGGUGGUCUGUCCAACGCCUAUGUUACCGCCGAGGGCCAGCCUGUUCUGCCGCCUCCCAAGAGUCUCGUCUAG